AUGAGUGUUGUCGGAAUCGAUUUCGGUGCCCAGAGCACCAAAAUCGGUGUUGCCCGCAAUAAGGGUAUCGAUAUUAUCACCAAUGAAGUUUCCAACAGAUCUACUCCUUCCCUGGUCGGAUUCAAUUCUCGAAGCCGAGCCCUUGGUGAAGCCGCAAAGACGCAAGAGACUUCCAACCUGAAGAACACGGUCGGCAACCUUAAGCGGUUGAUUGGCCGCUCAUUCAGCGACCCCGAUGUUCAGCUUGAGAAGGACUACAGCACCGCUGCCAUCUGUGACGUCAAUGGCCAGGCUGGUGUCGAAGUCAACUACCUUGGAAAGAAGGAAAAGUUCACCGCCAUUCAGUUGGUGGCCAUGUACCUGACCAAGAUCAGGGAUAUCACCGCCAAGGAGCUGAAGCUCCCCGUCUCAGAUGUCACCAUUAGCGUUCCCGCCUGGUUCACAGAUGUUCAGCGCCGGGCUAUGCUCGACGCCGGUGAGAUUGCCGGCCUGAAGGUGUUGCGUCUGGUCAACGACACCACCGCCACCGCCCUUGGGUAUGGUAUAACCAAGCUUGAUCUCCCGGGCCCCGAGGAGAAGCCCCGGAGAGUCAUGUUUGUCGACAUCGGACACAGCGACUACACCGCCUCGAUUGUUGAGUUCCGGAAGGGUGAGCUCAACGUCAAGGCCACCGCCUGCGAUCGCCACUUCGGUGGACGUGACUUCGACAAGGCCCUGACGGAGCACUUCGCCGACGAGUUCAAGGAGAAGUACAAGAUCGACGUCCGCACUAACCCCAAGGCCUGGGCCCGUACUCUUGCCAGCGCUGAGAAGAUGAAGAAAGUGCUCUCAGCUAACCCGGUCGCUCCGAUCAGCAUUGAAUCGCUGAUGGAGGAUGUGGACGUCCGUGCCAUUGUCAAGCGUGAAGAAUUGGAGGCUAUGGUCCAGCCGCUCCUGGAACGCGUCACCGCACCCAUCGAAGAGGCUCUCGCCGAAGCCAAGCUCAAGCCCGAAGAUAUCGACUUUGUCGAGAUGGUUGGUGGCUGCACUCGCGUCCCAGCCAUUAAGGAAGCUAUCUCCAAAUUCUUUGGCAAGAGCCUUUCUUUCACUCUCAACCAAGAUGAGGCUAUCGCCCGUGGCUGCGCUUUCAGCUGCGCCAUUCUUUCCCCUGUUUUCCGGGUGCGCGACUUCUCCGUGCACGACAUUGUGAACUACCCCAUUGAGUUCACCUGGGAACAGUCGGCCGACAUCCCAGAUGAGGACACCAGCUUGACUGUUUUCAACAGGGGCAAUGUCAUGCCGUCGACCAAGAUUCUCACCUUCUACCGCAAGCAGCCCUUCGACCUCGAAGCACGCUACGCGAAGCCCGAGUUGCUCCCGGGCAAGGUCAACCCCUGGGUUGGCCGAUUCUCCGUCAAGGGCGUCAAGGCUGAUCCCAAUGAUGAUUUCAUGAUCUGCAAGCUCAAGGCUAGACUAAACCUGCACGGUAUCCUGAACCUCGAGUCCGGGUACUAUGUCGAGGAUAUGGAAGUUGAGGAGCCCGUCCCCGAGAAGGAUGGUGAUGCUAUGGACACCGAUGCAGCCAAUGGCGACGAGCAACCCAAGAAGACCCGCAAGGUUAAGAAGCAGGUUCGCAAGGGCGACCUGCCUAUCUCCUCUGGCACCUCUUCCGCCGAUCAGUCCGUCAAGGAGGCUUGGAUUGAACGCGAAAACACCAUGUACAUGGAAGACAAGUUGGUUGCGGAGACCGACGAGAAGAAAAACGAGCUUGAGUCCACCAUCUACGAGCUGCGGGACAAGAUCGACGGAGUGUACGCCGAAUUCGCCAGUGAGGAGGAGAAGGACAAGCUGCGGGCCAAGCUUACUGAUAUGGAGGAUUGGCUGUACGAGGAAGGUGAGGACACGACCAAGUCCGUGUACGUGUCCAAGCUGGACGAAAUCCGCUUCAUUGCGGGUCCCAUCAUCCAGCGCCACCGCGAGAAGUUGGAUGCCGAACGCGAGGCCGCUCUGAAGGCCCAGGAAGAAGCGGCCGCCAAGAAGCGCGCAGAGCAAGAGGCCCAGCGCAAGGCUGAGGAAGAGGCCAAGAAGGCCGAAGAGGCCGCGAAGAAGUCCGAGGAUGAGAAGGCCGACACGGAUAUGAAAGAUGCCCCUGACGCCGCCUCAGGGGAGUCCGAAGAGAAGCAGUAA